AAACCGCAAGCACCCCUGAGAUGGGUAGCACCAACAAUACAGUAGUUCGAAUUCCUUUGUGAUUUUUGAGGUUUAUCCAGAUCCACCAGCGGGCCAGUGCACUGUGCACGCAGAGGGAGGGGUCGUGGAGAGGGAAAGGGAGGGGAGAGGAAGGGAGGCGACGGGAGAGGAGUUUGGGGAAGGAAGGUUCCUGGCAAUAGGGCAUUGAGUGCUUCUGAGGAAGGUUCCUAAGGCAAAGUAGGGAGAGGGGUACCCCUAGACGAGCUUCCCAGGCCGGCCGGCCUUGCCGGGGAGGAGCCCUGCGUCCAGUCGCGUCAUCCCCGGGCUGGCUGCGUGUGCGUCGCGUAUCGAGACUUCUUGCGCACCAGGAAGUGACUCCCCGCAGCAGCGAUCCAGGCCAUUCUCUGGUCCUUUCGUUUGCGCCACAGUUUUGCAGGUUGGACAUGUUCAGGCACAAAGAAGUCAAUGUCAUGCUUCGAAUCAGAGGCUAAGGAAGGGAAGUAACACACGUUGACCACCUGCUGUGUUAGUCACAGUCCUGAACACUUCAUAUAUAUGAGCUCGUUUAUUUCUUAACACAACCCUGAAAGAUGAAAGAAAGGAAGGUCAGAGGGAAUGAUUAACUUUCCAGAUGUCAUCUAGCUAACUUACUGGAGGUGUCUGUGCCUACCUGAAAGGUAUCUUCCUUGGCCUCCAAGCUCUGCACUGUCCUGGUUCUCCUGGGUCACCAGCGUCCAUUCUUGCUCUCCAAAAACUGCCUUUCUCCUAGGUCAAGUACCGUGUAAGCCAGACCAGCCUAGCCACUGUCUUCCAAACAUCUAAUUCACCUCCCUGCCAUCCUUUAAGAUCCAGUGCAGAGCCUACCUCUUCUGGGAAGCCUUUCCUGAGCAUUCAUCAGGAACCAAGAAUAAGGUGAAUUUCAGUGUUUCUGUGAUUGGCAGAUAUUAGGAGAAGAGUCCUAAUGCACAGCUUGAGAUGCUUCCUCUCCGAGGUGGGUCUCAUCUCCAAACCAGGACUGCUCCCCUGGAGUGCCAGAAAACCUACAGGUCAGUCACAGCUCUUUUUGGACUCAUCAUAUAAGGGAAACUUCAUCCACAUGCUAUCCAAGACGUGUCAAAGAGGACAGAAGAGUCCGAAGAAACCAUGCCAUAUUGCAUCACUAGAUGGUUCCUGGCAGGAAAGGUUGGCUGAUGUUGUGACGCCACUCUGGAGACUGAGCUAUGAAGAACAGCUCAAGGUGAAAUUUGAAGCUCAGAAGAAAAUUUUACAGAAACUAGAGUCUUACCUCCACAUGCUCUAUGGGGUCAAUGCAACAACAGCUACCUCCAGCUCUGAGGGGCUCUGUUGUCUCCUCCAUCCUAUUAUACCCUCUCCUGUUAUCCAUGGCUACCGAAAUAAGUCCACCUUCUCAGUGAACCGAGGUCCAGAUGGCAACCCAAAGACUGUGGGGCACUACCUGGGAGCUUGGAGAGACAAGAACAUUGUCUGUGUACGCUCUAAACAUCUGAAAAACAUCCCUGAGAAACACAAUCAAGUGGCCCAGUACUAUGAAGUAUUGCUUCGACAGUCCCCACUGGAGCCCUGCCUUUUGUUUCAUGAAGGUGGAUAUUGGCGUGAGCUCACAGUCCGUACCAAUAACCAAGGGCACACGAUGGCCAUCAUCACUUUCCAUCCCCAGGAAUUAAGGCAGGAGGAACUCUGUGUUCAGAAAGAGACAAUAAAGGCAUUUUUCAGCAAGGGACCAGGAGCAGUUUGUGACUUGACAUCACUUUACUUCCAGGAGAGCACCAUGACCCGCUGCAGCCAUCAGCAAUCCCCCUACCAGCUCCUAUUUGGGGAACCGCACAUCUUUGAAGAUCUCUUGGACUUGAAGAUCCGCAUCUCUCCAGAUGCCUUUUUCCAGAUUAAUACGGCUGGUGCAGAAAUGCUGUAUCAAACCGUGAGAGAGCUGAGUGGAGUGAACUCUAACACCAUCCUGCUUGAUAUCUGUUGUGGAACUGGCGUGAUCGGCCUCUCUCUGGCUCAGCAUUCCUCCCAGGUCCUUGGGAUUGAGUUGGUGGAGCAGGCGGUAGAGGACGCCAGGUGGACUGCAGCCUUCAAUGGCAUCACCAACUGUGAGUUCCACACUGGUCGAGCAGAGAAGAUUUUGCCACAGCUACUUAAAUCAAAAGAAGAUGGGCAGUUAAUUGUUGCUGUGCUGAACCCAGCCCGGGCGGGACUGCAUUACCAGGUGGUGCAAGCCGUUCGAAACUGCAGGGCCAUCCACACACUAGUGUUUGUUUCCUGUAAGCCCCACGGUGAAGCCACAAGGAACAUCAUUGAGCUGUGCUGCCCUUUAAACCCUGCUAAGAAGCUCCUCGGCGAACCUUUUGUGCUGAGACGAGCUGUGCCUGUGGAUCUGUUCCCACACACACCACACUGCGAGCUGGUGCUCCUCUUCACACGAUAAGCGGCCUCCUCCAAGACUGCAGGCUCUUUGUUAAGGCUGAAGUUUCAGUAAUUUCCAGAUAUGGAGUUUCACCUUGGCAGUGAUUCCCAGUCUUGGCUACACAUUGGACUCAUCUGGAAGCUGAAAAAUCCUGGUUCCUGGGGCAUGGUCCCUAUUCCCUGAUACUCUGAUUCAGUUGUUCAGGGGUGUGGCCCAAGCGCCUGAAUUUUUAAAAGAUCCCCCAAAGGUGAUUCGAAUGUGCAGCCAGGGUUAUUAUGAUCCUCCAGUUAGGACUGUGGUUCCCAAGCUUGUCUGCACAAUAAAAUCCCCUGGGGAUCUUUCAAAACUCCAAAACCCAGACCACACCCAGACCAAUUAAAUCAUCACACUUUCUCGGGGUGGGACACAGGCGUUGGUAAUUUUGAAGUUUCCCCAGUGAUUCCAAUGUGCAGCCAGGGUUAAGAACCACAGAGUUAGGGUAUUUGAUUGUUUUGGGGUUGGGAGGGUGAAGAGAAUGAUUGAGAGUUAAGUCUUCCAACCCUUCACCAUCAAAAUGACAUUGCCGGUUUACAAUUCACAGGGUCAUCAUUGUCAUUUUUCUAAGAAAUGUACUUCAAAAUGGCAUGUCCAUAAAGUGCAGUCAUGAACCAACUGAAGCCCCCUUACAGCUCACCAAUUAAUGCAAAUGGAAUGGAAGAAUUGAUAUGGAAUAUAAUUAUUCAGUUCCAGACUUAAAAAUUUUUUCAUCGGCUGAGUUUAUUUCAUCAUUAUAUGUAUUUCCACAUUUUAUUUCCCAUUGUUUCUCCUCAAAGGAGAGAGACUAAGUGGGGUGGCAAUGCUGACAUCGAGCCCAGAGCCACACAAUGGAGUAACAUGUCUCUAUCCUCAAGUCCAUUCCCAACUGUUAGGAAUCCUCAGGGUACAUGGAGGGGAGAGGUCUUUGCCCUGAGGACCUGAAAAAGGAAUUUAAAUGUUUAGAGGUUUUGGCAUUCACUGCUUACAUUCACUGAUCGCCUUUACUUAAAACCAAUCGAAUGCAUACCUGAGAAGAAGAGAGGGCUAUGUUAUACUUAGCUGUUUAGUCGUCUCUCUCCUCCAGCUAGACUGUAAGGUUUGAAGGAAUAGGGCUAGAUCCUGUUCACUGUCGUAUCUGUAAUACCCAGCCCAGUGUCUGAAAUGUGCCAGGUGCUCAGAGAGGCAGUAUAGCAUACAGGCCACAGGAACCAACUUGAAUCAGGCUGACCUGGCCUUGAAUCCUGUCUCCAUCACUGAGGUGCUGUGUGACCUUGGGUGAGUUACUCAACCUCUCCAACCCUCUGUUCCCAGCCCCUCUCCCUGUAAAAGAAAGGUAGUAAUAAUAGUACUUACCUCAUGGGAUUGUUGUGACCCAUUCAGAGGAACAAUUUUAUGUAAAGUACUUUGCAAAUUGCCUGGCACACAGUUGGUGUGCAUUAAAUGGGAGGUAUUCUUAAUACGCUGGUUAUUUGUUGAAGGAAUAAAUGAAUGUCAUAGCCUGUUUUUCCUUCCCUCUCUCGAGAUGAACAAGCAAAAAUAACCUCAUCAGUUUUGGUGUCUGUAAGAUUUUAAUACUUAAUUUCAGGCAAGCAGAGCCAAACACGCACUGGAAAGAGUCCCUUCUCUGUUGGUGUGGGUGCUUCUCAGCAUUUAUGUUGCAGUCAAAUGUUAUAGUUCAGGGUAAAAAGUUUAAGUACAGUUUGAAGAAAAACGAAGCAUAGAAAACAGAUAAGGCCAUCCCUCUCAUUUUGUCAACCUCAUAAUAUUGGUUGCUAAAAUAACCCACUUGUCAAAUCCCUCUGUGCUACUGUGAGAAGUGCUAAUGUUAAGACAUGUUUUCUGAAAAUAACUGAUGAGGUGUCAUGAAUUAAGGGCUUGGGUACAGAAGUGAUGGAGUUCCCUUCUGGGUAGAAUAGCCCAGGAUCAUAAAUUGCCCAGAACAUCUACUGGUUUACCCUUUCUACCUUCCAAAGGAAACUUGUUUCUAGAGAUGGGUUUUUUUAAAAAAGCUUAACAUAGUAGAAAUGCUGCAUGGGAUCCUGAAUUGAAUCCUGAAAAGAAAAAGGACACUAGGGGAAAAACUGGUGACAUCUGAAUAAAGUCUGUAGAUGAGUAAAUAGUAUUGUGCUGAUGUUAGUGUCAUGGUCUUUAUCAAACUUUCAGAGCUAUGUGAGGCAUUAACUUUAGGGAAAGCUGGAUGAGGGGUAUAUGGGAACUCUCUGUACUAUUUUUACAAUUUUUCUGUAAAUCUAAAAUUAUUUCAAAAUAAAAAGUUUUUAAAAAAGAACCUAAAUGUUGUUAGUCUUUUAAAAACUAAACAUACCGAUUGAAAGCUAAUUCUGGAAAAACCAAGUCUGGGCAGGUGUUGAGGCCAGGGCUCCAGGGAGAGAAGAGUGCUUACCCAAAUACUUAGAUAUGUACUAGAUGUUUGACUGACUAAGCACUACCCACAGCAAGGUGACAAGGAGUGUGGGAGGAGCAUGGGUAGCGCAUAGCGAUUCUUUUACAACAAGGAAUUUCUGGCAGCCUUUUGCAAACAGUUCCUUUCAAUAUAAGCUAGUCUAGUUCAAAACACAGCAGCCUGACUUAAAGGGGUUCCAAAUAUAUGUUUUCUUAAGCUCCACCCUUAGAGUUUGGUGGGCUAGGUGUUUGGGAGGAAUGUCCCAUUUUAGUGCUAAGCCUGCAGUGGUAAUUAAGUCCUGAAUGGGAGAAGAGUGGGAAAGAGGCAGGAUCCGGCCCAUUUUAAAGUGCCAGCCUCCUCAACAUCCAGUGCUUCUCUAGUCCCUGAAUCAAAUGAUCUGCAGCGUUAACUCCCAUGUCAGCUGAAAGGCAGGUGUCUCGGUAACCUGGUGUGCCCAGCAUGGCAGUUUAAAGAAUGUGUAUUACUAUAAAAGGUAUUCGUGGAGGGGGAGCAGAAUCUAAAGGGACUAUAGUGCUCUUCAUUCGCUCAGGUUCUUUUAGGGAGCUCUUGUCUGUAUGUUUCCCAUAAUUGUGAUCAGCAUGUGUGCCUGCUCAUUCCUAUUUCACUGUUUUCACCUCGCAUUAUUUUGCAUUCUGGUUCUCACCUGCACAGUGCCCAUAAUUGUCUUCUUUAAUGGCUGUGUAAUGGUAUAUUGUAUCUAAUAGCAUGGUAGUUCUUAAGAUUGGGCUCACUUUCCUGAGCAGAUAGAAAAGGCCUGCUGUCUCUUAGCACCAGGUCUGUUUUAGUUCCUGGAAGUGCUAGUGUGAGCGUGGGAUUGCGUGGGUUUCCUGAGUCGUCAUCGCACAGCACUGUUUGAGUGCUUUGUUAACAUUGCUCCGCCCACCACCCAACAGCGGAGCCUCUUAGGCUCCCUGGACUUGGGCCGGGCACUUCAUAGGCACAGGGGCAGAAGUACAAGCCCCGACUCCCACAACCCUCAACCCUCAGCUGAUACUUCCUUCAUGCCAACCGCAGGAAGUUCCUACUGCUUUUGGCUCGCCUGGGAUAACAGCUCCACCUGUGUUUCCCACAGAAAUUGAUCUGUGAGAAAUGGCAAGGGGAGUGGGAGGAUGGAUUAUUGUAGCUAAAGGAAUACGCACAGGUCAGGGUGCCGUGGCUGUGUUCUUUCAGGCACCUGUAAAAGUGAAGUGGGUGUGAGGGGAUGAUUUCAAGUCCUGGAAAGCUGGACAGUAGCUUUCAUUGUCUACACCCCUUUCUGUCAGAAAUCGAAGUUUUGGUCAUCCCAUAAAGGGCUUAUAGGGGUGAGUGACAGAGCAGUGAGCUCAGGCUUGACCCGUACCCCACCCAUGGAUAAUGGCAUUUUAUAGUUAAGAAUGCUGGUUGGCAGGAUUCUCCUGAGAAGAGUGGUGGUGUGUUCAAGGCACUUGGUUAAAUCUCACCCGUAGCAACUGCCUUGAAAACAAGUGAUUCUAAUAGGACACACUAAUUGGAACAAAGGGUGAUACUCAAAACAUAAAUGGUAUGGCCCAAGCACCAAACACUCACAUCUUCAGGGGAUUUUUAGCUAGGUUAGCUACAACUGGUUUCCAGUCCCCAAGCCCACCUUAUCACUCUUCUUCCCUAACCCUUACUGCGUACAAACUGUAUGACCUGUGUUCUGCAGGUCAUUCUGGUUACCAGCCCUGCUGACACAAUACUACUGGUGGGUAGAAACAACAUAAGCAUGAAGAGUGGUAAUAUAUUUCAGGGGUUGAAAACCAUUCAGAGCAGAGGGAUCCCCCUACCUCUGCGUAUUGAAUUCUCUAGUCAGGAAGCCCAGGCCUGUCUUGCAAGACCAAAUGGACAAGUACCCAGGGCCAAGUGGGGCUUGUUGAAUGCUGAGCCAGGGGCACACGUGUUCAGAGCACCUCUGACGGGAGCUAGGCUUAAAAAGUCCUGGAGGAGGCUGUCCAAGGCCUUGACAACAAAAGGAGAGAAACUCCAAGGCAGUCACUGGCUUGAAAGGAAAUUUGCCCUCUAGGCUCAAAAACUACCCUUAAUCUUGGUCUCUGGGCUGCCUUGCUAAGGUAUAGAUCUGUAAGAUCUCUCUGGCAGAUUGAAUAUUCUCAAAGACAAGGAUAUGGGAGCUGUGGUUGGCAGUGGUCGUACCUACCCUAGAGUCUGUAUUCUCUCUGUACUUUAGAAUCCAAGACCUCUCUCUCUCUGGGUUGUUCUUUGUAGAAAAAAGUGUACCUGUCCCCCAAGGGGGGAGGGGUGUAGCUGUCUUAUGAUCUAAGCUCCUCCCCUAGUUAUAGUAAUAGUAGCUAACAUUUAAUGAGUUACUUCUUAUGUGCCAGGCACUCUGCUAAGCAUUUUUAUAUGGAUGGUCCCCUUUGAGCCUCACAUCAAGCCUAUGAGGUACGUACUCAUAUUCUUGUCUUCACUGGGGGAAAUUGCCAGGUCACCCAGCUUGGUAAGAGGUUUGGAAAGUACAGUAACAGUCUGCAGCAACAAAAUUAAGAUUCAGUCAAAAAUAAAUUAGGGUAUUCUGGCUGUAGUUGGGAGAUAUUCUUUAAAUAACUCCUUGUGAUGGACAGAUUCUAUGUAGGAAAAUUUGGUCGACACCCAGGAAUACAUACCUAGUACAAAGGGAAGGGCGCCAGCAUACUGGACUUGAAUUUUGUCAGAGCUGUUUCAACCUAAAUUCUCCACCCUGCCCACAUUCAUAGGGAACACCCCCACCCCCUUCUGGCCACACUUUCCCUUCCCUGUUGACUGAGAAAGUAUGCCUGCCUCAUAAACACACAUGCCAUACCGAGAACUGUGGGUAUUCCGAUUUUCUUGAGAAACUUGAUUUGUUGAAUCACAUCUCCUGCCUGAUAAAACUCUUCUUCAGCAGAGACAUUUGCUGCAUCCUGAGGUGAGAAUGAUUAUCAGCAGAAUUCUCCAGUGAUGUGUAUCAGACAAAUUGGAAGAGAGUAGGUGGAUCAGCAAUGGCCAGAGAAGACUCAGGGAGGAUGUGGUAUUUUUGGACAGAGAAGACAGAGCACUGGCUCAGGCACACAGGAUGUCUGGAUUUUAGGAGCAGCUCUACUGGUGAUCAGCUGCACAAUCUUGGGCAAGCCACUUAACCUCUCUGUACCCCAAGUUCCUCAUCUGUUUAACUGGGGUUGGACUAAAGGCUCUGUAAGGUUCCUUCCAGCUCCACGAUCAAUAAGCUGAGCCUCAGUCAGAAUCCUGUCAAAAGACCCGCAAGGUGUCUGGGUGGUUUCCUUGGAGACAAAGCCAUAUGCAAUGCAUAAUAGCAAGUAAUGCAGCCUUAGAAAGUCUCAGACCCUCCAGAUGGGGUUGUAAGACUGGAAACAACUAUGGGCUAGUUGGCUUGCACUGCCUGGUGAGACCCUAUGGGGUAGGAGUUAGGAGCAUGAGUUUAGGAGUUGGGCCUUCGUUUGAAAACCAGCUCUGCCACUUUCUAGUGGGUACUCUGGGACCCUGGGAUGAAUGAUUUGACCUCUCUGAACACCAGUUUCUGCCUCUGUUAAGACGAUGCUAAUAGAACUGACCUCAGAGGCUUGUGCAGAUGAAAGGCAAUAAUGUAUGUAAAGCACUUAGUCCAGCACCUGACAAAAUGGAAGUGCUCAGUUGUCCGUGCCUGUUACUACAAUUGGUGUGCUUAUUGCUAUCCAUGUCAUUCUCCCGGUAUGGGCCUGGCUAAGCUUCACCGUUUUUCCUGAAUAUAGCUUUCUCUUCCUGGAUGGAGGCCGAGUAAAGCACAGGUAGUUCUUUCCGGUCUAAAGUAGCUCUAGAGCCAGAUCUGGAUUCAGUUCCUUGCUCUGCUUCUUACAAGGUGUGGGACCAUGGGCAAGUUAUUUAACCUCUCAGCCCUUUUAGUUUCCCCAUCUGUAAAAUGCAGGCAGGUCUACUGCCUCCCCUCAAGAGCUGUUGUGAAUAAGAUAAUGAAUGUGAAGAACUCAGUGCUGGGCCCGACAUCCAGAAGGCACUCAGUAAAUGGUGGCUGUGGUACCUGGUGAUAGUAGUAGUCAUAGUGAUGGUCAAUGACUACCACCACUACCACUACCCGCCUUGAGGUGGAGGGUUGAGCGCGUUCAAGUGUGUACAGCUUUUGCAUACCUAACCACAGUGUGAGGAGAGACAGCAAUUGCUAUUCCUGAAGGGACAGCAAAGGGAUUGUUGCCAGGCUCCACAGCUAGUGGCUGGGAAUUUAAAAGCGAGUUGUUCUUGGAGGCGUGACUGAAAAUGAGUCAGCAGAGCAUAAUUCUCAUCAGAAAACUUCAGUUUAUUUCUGUCAGUCCUCUUACACUGAAGAAACUUAAGGGGUGGGGAAUGUAAUUCUAAACUGUCCCUGUACUUCUAAGGCUUAAUUGCAGUUGGUCACCCACGGCAUGUUGUUCACAGGCUUCGUUAGGACCAUCUGGGUGCAAAGAUGGGAAGUCUGUGUUCUUUGACAAGGUCGUCUUCAUUCUCAAAUGGAUGCCACCUAGCUUUUCUUGAGCCUCUCGGUGGGUAUAAGAUUCAUUUGACAGCUCGAAUGUAGAUGUACAGGAACAAUGGGAGUUCUGAGAGAUGUGAUGUUAGAGUAAGUGUCAUUGUAGGGGACUGCAGAGGUAUUAACAAGUAUAAACUGAAAAACUAAAUAGUCCUGAUGGUUCUGGAGAUGAACCCAUUCACUGAGGGAGGGAUUUUAGUGUUUCUUUUGACUUCCCUCCAUUUUUCUCUUUAGUACUCUGUUAAAAGUCGGAGAGAAAGAAAACAGCCAGUCAGUGCAAGCGAAGCUAUGUGCCAGGUUUCCUGUCCUCAGACCACUCCAGGGCGGGAGGGUGGUGGCCACUUUCCAAGGGGAUGUAUCCUGCACCCCACUAAGCACCCCCACCCAGCUGUGGCCUCAGACUUUUUCUCACUCUUGCUCUCUCCCUUCUACCCUGGGUUUAAGGACUACGAACCACAGGAUCCAAAGGUUUCUCCACAAGGAUUGUCCAGUAACAUCUCUUCUGUGUCCCACGUAUCCAUUCUCUUUUUUGCCCUGGGUUCUGAGGUUAUAGAAAUGAAAAUGGAUUUCAAUUUUGAACAAAGAUUUAGUAGUAGUUUCUGACUACAUCUAGAAAAACACUUGCUUCACUCUUCUACCAAAUUCCAGGCUCUCAGCUCUCACCCUCACCCCUCAUUCCUGGAGCAGUGCUUUUCUCCUUCUCAGUGCCCCAGGCCAAGGCCGGCCCCUGACCCCCCCCACCCCUGCCCCCUGCCCUCUGCCCUCCGGCCACACAGUUAGAACAACCAAAGGCUCUGGGGUAGCCAGAAGGGCCAGAUCCCUGGGAGAUUAGAGGGGAGAUAAUAUUGAUGGUUGACCAUCAUGGAGACUGGGGUCCCAAGCAACACUGAGAGGGAGUAGCCAUUAACUACAUUGGGCCUUUAAGUCCUCAUAGCUUGUUAGAAAAUGCCUUUAUUUUAUUCGGAGAAAUCGUACAUGCUUAUUAUAAAAACGAAAAUUUCCAGUAAAACAAAAAUCCAAAGAAAGUCACCUAGGCGUUUUACUUCUCAAAAUCACCUCUUAUCUCACCCCCAGAGAAAACCACUGCUGAUGUUCUGGUGAUUUCCCUCCAGAUAUUCUAUGCACGUAUAGCCAUCAUACUGUAAAUGCUACACGCUGACUUGCCAUUUUCCCUAACAAAGCAUCAGAUGGUGGAAAGCUUUCCAUGUCAGUAAAUAUGAGUCAACUUUAGCCUUUUAGUGUCUGCAUAGCAUUCCGCUGUGUGGAUGGAUCAUAAUUUAUUAGCCCAUUCCCCACGGUUAGACAUGAGCUUGUUUCCAGCUUUUAGCUGUUGUACACAAUGUUGUGCUAGAACAAUGACAAACAUACUUUUUUGGGUCUUUGUGUAAUUAUGGAUACAGUUCAAGAAAAUGAGAUGAUUGGUUCACAGGGUUUCCACAUUUUAAAAGUUAUUGAUAAAUAUAUUGAGAGAGGGAGAGCAAGAGAGAGACAGAUGACCAAAGUAUUUUCCAUAAAGGUUGUACCAAUUUUUACUUCCACCAUUGGAAAUCAUAUCCUUUAAGACAACCCUAUAGCCAUCCAAAGAAAGAUCUGGUGUCAGCCAGUGCUGGGGCGUCAUCCUAGGCUACCAAAUGGUGGUCCCCAAGCACUCUCCCUGCACUUGAUCCAUUUCUCCUCCUGACCAGCAACCACAGUAUGAGAAAAGAGUUUCAGACUAAAAAUAGGAAUACUGUGCUACAAAUUUUGAGGCAAGGCCUGUAUGUCUUUUCUUCUCUGACUAACUACUGAUGAAGCAUUACCUUUAAAAAGAUGAUUCUCAACACAUGGAGCUGGGGUCUGCAAGUCAUCACUCGGAUUGCAGUGAGGCUCAGUAGCGUUAGUGUUCCAAGCCAUAUUACCCACAGAACAUUCAUCUUCCUCCAUGGGUUCAUCUAAAGCAAAUGUUACUGAUAGAUUCCUUUUAGACCUUAAUCUUAAACCUUCUUUCUGUACAACAAAAAGAUGGAGAAAAAAAGUCAGCUGGUGCCUGAGAGUUCAGGGAGUGGUCUCUGGGGCAGUAACAUUUAAAGAACCAUUUACCAGUAGGACUGGCUUCAGGGGCCUAGCUUCCAUUGGGCAUUGUCCUUGAUGCUGCCUUUUUUCUAUGGGCAUUCCCAUCCUGGUAGUGAAGCUAAGGAAGAUAGGAAGAACAAACAAGUGAAAACACCUCAAGCGUCUUAAUUGAAUGCCACUCUUGCCCCCCUCCCUGCCAUAUGCCUUUGGACAAUGAGAAGGACCACAGAGCAAGGACAUUUAGGCUUUUUGCUUCUCAGAACCUUGAUCACCUCAGUUUUCUUUUUCUUCUUCUUCUUCCCAUUACCGUUCUCUCAUCUUUCCUUAUUACUGGGAGAAUCAGAGAACUGGAAGAGGAGAGUGUGGGGUAGCUUUAAGACAUUCAUCUGUACAGUAUUGCCAGGAAGCUCCUUAAGGGGCUCAUGCUCCUUUUCUCCUCCAUGUGGCAAAUCAGGGAAGAGAAUCCCCAUUUUAGGGAAGCUCCAGUGCUGAUAGGUGGCUUUACCUUUAUACGACUCAUGCCACUAACGUGACCACUCAAGUUGUGGUGGUGGGUGGGGAAGGUGUCCCUAACAGAGCUGGAAUGUUCCUGGUCACUGCUCUAGCCCCUUUUGGCCCAGCAGAUCUUGAGGGACUUGCUCAGCACUGCAUGGAAUCCAAGCACUUCCCAGAACUCCCUGCACAUGUUGAAGAUCGACUUCUGCAUCUAUUCUUACCAGUACCUAAUAGAGGCAGCUCAGUACCUGUCUGAUGAGCAUCUUCUCUGAGAGCCUCUGGUGCCCUUGGAGGUUGGGAUGUCCAGGGUGAAUGGCAGUCGGUGAGUACACAGGUCUCCAUAUUUAUCCCCAGUGGCAGCUAACAGCCAGCGCAGCCCUUUAAUUAUGGGCUGAUGGUUCUUGCCUUGGGCUUCUUUGAUGGCUGAACAGGGUUCCUGUGACAAAAAGAGAUGAGAAGGCUCCAACCCAGGAGGAUGGGAUCUCUGGGGCCCACAGGUCCAAUCACUUUCAGCCAAAAGGCAGAGGUACACGUAAGCUCUGCUGUGCCUAGAGAGGCUCUAAGUCUUCCUGGGGGACACUCAGCAUUUACUCCUGAGAAGGUAAAUGAGAGAUAUGAAAGCUAAGGUCCUUUAAUGAAGUGGUUCUGGUAUAAUGUCUUGGACGUAUGACCUUGGGUAAGUCACUCAGAAUCUCUGAGUCUUAGCUUUCCUAUCCAUAAAAUGAGGAUAUUCAAACUCUAACUUUACAGAGCUGUUUUGAAGGCCUAAUGAGAAAAACAUAUGUGAAAGCACUGUAACGUGAUAUUUAUGGUCACCAAAUUAGAAGUCAUCACUAUAGAUGUUGCCUGGUAGGAAGAGGCUUUGCCUGAGACCCAGCAUUAUGGGGCUCGAUUAUGGAAUGGGCCAAGGGAGGCAUCAGCUGGGCUCAAGAGGGUGAGGGAGGGGUUGACGCUUACCACUCGGCAGCAGGACUUGCUCUCGUUCACCAGCCUUUCCAGGAGUAGGCAUUUGAUAAUUUCUCUAGGUAGGAGGGCAUACUGCUUGUCUUGUUUAUUUGCCAGGCUACAGCAGGGCAUAGGGGAGGGGAGGGAGGAAGGACAGAUGAUUGAAAUAGAAAUAGAGGCCAUGGGCAAGGCAAGAAGGGAAAGGGGGAGAACCAAUUCUGGUACAGUUGCUGCAUAUCCAGGAACUAGCCUUAAAGACCUACCCAAUGAGAUGAGCCAGACAUGUUUCUAGCCAAUUUUCAGUGGAGGAAAGAAGACCACAAAUAAUUUGAAUCCAAGAUAACCCCAGGCCUCAUUUCUCACAUCCUCUACGCUGUGCCAUCGGACUUUAAUUAGAAUUGCUGACUGGGAUAUGAACCCAUUUGGAGUUUUUACAUCCUCUCCCAAACUCUGUUUUUGCUUGAGUUGGGGGUGCUAAUGAGGAACAAAAAAGGCAAAAAGAGAGUGGGUGAGGGGCGAGGCUUGACAGGCCACCUGAAUUAUUACCCUAGAAUAAGUGCUAGUUACAUGACUCUUGGGCAGUCUGCCAAGGGAGGAGCCCAUUGGCACUGAUUAUACAAAAUAGGGGUUGUUUUCUGUCACCGUCUCAGGGUCAGAGACUGAAGCCAGGAAAGAGAAGCAAAUUCAGGAAGGCAGUCUUCCGGGGAGUUGAAGGAUGGAGGUGGAAGAUCCAGAUAUUCUCCAUUUCCCUUUGAUGCUUAGCAUCAAAAUUACCUUUGCACAAUCAGGUAAUAUGUUCCCCCCAUGGCAGGAUGUGGGAGAAAGUGGCUCUUGUAAAUAGCCCCAGAGGGUGGGGCCAUCCCCUGUCACUGAGCCAGGGGAAGAGGAAGCCUAGCUGGCUGUGACAAAGGGACCACCCAGCCCUUCUUCUGUCUACUUCUGUUGUACAGGCGCAAAAUGGGAAGGAAGGAGAAAUUGGGCACAAGGGCCGAGUCUUACACUAGGAUGGGUUUCCCUGCCACUCUUUGAUCAGACAGCAGACACGUUAAGAUCAUCUUCGCUUCUUGCAUGCGUCCAAAGUCACUGGAAUCCAGGACAAACACAAGCCCGUGUGCCUGUGCAUAGUAGUUGGACCAGAUUUCCCGGCCUUGCAUGCCUCCGUCCAGGUCAUAGAUGGAAACUUCAUAUUCAUCCAGCAGGAGUGUAGUCAGUUCAGGUGCCACAAAAUUAUCCAUCCUACUGGGAAGUACUAUGCAUAGGGGAAGAGAGGAGAAGUAACCACAAAGCAGGGGUGUAGUGUCAGACGAAAGACCGUGUUAAACAACGAUCUGAACCUUGAUGAAAGGAACCUUGACUGCCCUGAGAAUCCUACUGAGGCAUCCUGCCAUCCUGCUCACACUCAGUGAUUCAACUUCCUGAACCGGCACUUGGCCAUGCUACCCUCUCCUGGCUCAGUAGCCUUCGGCCUUACCUGUACAGAAGCUUCUAGACUCUCCACUUUCCUUUGACAGUCAGCCGCCUGAAACAACUGUCAAGGUGGACGGACCUUCAAGUCUUGAAGGCAGAGAAGGAAAAAAAAAUGGAAGACCCAUGGUAGCCACUGACAUACUUGUGAGACAAGGUUGAACCAGGAAAUUGCCAGACUCUUCUUUCUGCUUUCAGAAAUGAAGCCCUUCCUAAGUUUGUUCACUUAGGUUCUGUGAGAUGGUUGAAAAAAAUGGGUUUGUGACAUGCUUGGUUAAGGUUCUUUUCUUUAUGUUCUGUACAGGUGAAUACAUAUUUUCUCUACCAUC